GAAAAUGAAAAAAUGACUCUGUUUUUUCCCCUUUCCAACCCAAACGGACCCUAAUUAUCUAUGAACUUUUGUAUUGCUUCCGAUAAACUACAAUUCUAGUCCUCACUGUGCGAUCAGAUCCUGCCGAUGGAUAUGGAAACGGAUCCCGGCGUCUACACACCGGCCUCCGCCACGAGCAACGCCUCGAACGCCUCCACUCCCGUAGACUCAUCAGCACCCGCUAAGUUGAGCCAGUUGACGGAGUCCUUGAAACUGGAACAUCAGUUUGUCCGCGUGCCCUUCGAGCAAUACAGGAAGAUGGUCCGUUCCAACCACCGCAUCAUCGAGAAGGAAGUUUCAUCAUUACUCUCUUGCGUCGGAGAAGCCGCGGAGUCUGACAUCGCCGGCGAUGAAGCAGCUCAACGCAUCAAUUCGCUUGUCUAUAGGCUGCAAGGCCUUAAACGGAAGUUGGAAGAGGGCAGUCAAAUGGAGAACAUGCAAGCUCAGAGAUGUCGAGCACGUCUUGACCACUUAGAAUCAAUGAAUGCCGAGAACCUAUCAGUUUUGAACUGCAACCGGUUGAAUCGUAUGCUGGUAGAUUACAUGUUGAGGAUGUCUUACUAUGAUACCGCUACAAAGUUUGCAGAUUUUAGCAAUAUAAUGGAGCUUGUUGAUAUUGAGGUAUUUUAUGAAGCAAAGAAGGUUAUUGAUGCUAUUCACAACAAGGAGGUAUCCCCAGCCUUGGCAUGGUGUGCUGAAAACAAGUCCAGGCUGAAAAAAUCAAAGAGCAAAUUUGAGUUUCAUUUGAGACUGCAAGAAUUCGUAGAGAUGGUAAGAGAUGAAAAAAGGAUGCAAGCUAUUAUGUAUGCCCGGAAGUAUCUGUCUUCGUGGGGGUCCUCCCAUAUGAAAGAGUUCCAGAGAGUUGCGACCACAGUUGCUUUUAAGAGUAAUACUGAAUGUGCAGCAUACAAGUUGUUGUUUGAAGCAAAGCAAUGGGAUUACCUAGUCGAUCAGUUCAAACAAGAGUUUUGCAAAUUGUAUGGCAUUACCCUUGAGCCUUUGUUGAACAUAUACCUUCAAGCAGGCAUCUGUGUGCUGAAAACUCCAUUCUGUUAUCAAGAUGACUGUCCAAAGGAAGACCCAUUGUCGCAGGAGAGUUUCCGUAAAUUAUCACAACCACUGCCAUUCUCCAAACAGCGUCAUUCAAAACUCGUUUGCUAUAUAACAAAGGAGUUGAUGGAUACUGAAAACCCUCCACUAGUCUUGCCAAACGGAUAUGUCUACAGCACUAAGGCAUUGGAGGAAAUGGCAAAGAAGAACAAUGGAAGAAUCACAUGCCCCCGUACCGGGGUCACCUGCGACUACACAGAUCUAACCAAGGCCUAUAUAUCAUGAUGAGUGCAGCUUCCCUACUAUUUGAUCUUCUGCUUGAAAUGAUUUCUAAGAGUCUUGGAGAGGGGGUUUACCCAGUGUCUAAAUGUUACUUGUACAUAAAUCACACAAUGACCUAUAUACCCUGUAAUGAUCAGAUUGUUUUGUUGCAGAAAUUGCCAUUUCAGUGAUUUAUGGUGCUUCAGUUGUGGUCUUACCCAAUAAUAGAUUGAAAGUCUCCAUUGCACCAUGGAGUUUAUUAUUUGUCUCUAAAAGCCUUAUCAUUUUGCUUUUUUUUUCAAGUUUGAAUUUGUGUAAAGUUGGGUAUCUAUUAUAUCUCUGAUUACAAGUUUGAGGCAUCUCGCUGGCAAGACUGUUUUU